AUGAGUGAGGAGGACAUUUCCUACUAUCGGAAGACGCAUAGAGGACCAUUAUCUGCAACUGGUGUACUCACGUUUUGUCUUUUCACACAAACAAUUUGUCAACACGAAAAAGAAAUAUACAAUUUUAUUACUGGUCGAGAAGAUUUUUUAAAUUAUCCAGCAGGAUCUUUUGGAAGAAGUGUCACCCUGCUCUCUUAUUAUGAUGCUAUUUAUAUAAUAUCACUUCUAUUAUCUUCCAAAAGCAGGGGGUUUAUACUACUGAACGGAAGUGAUUCUUUUUGGGGUGCACCCUUAAUUUAAAUAUGUCUUAAAUUGAUCGAUAAAUCUUUGCCUGCUUGCAAACAGUUUGUGUUUGGUGAAAGGGAUUAUUGGGAAUGCGUGAUGAUGGAAUAUACAGAAACUAUUAAUCAUCCGGUUGGAACAUGCAAGAUGGGACCAAAGUCUAACCCUGAUGCUGUGGUGGACGAGAGUUUGAAGAUUUAUGGAAUCGAUGGUUUGAGAGUUGUAGAUGCCUUGAUUGUGCCAAAGAUUGUUAGGGGGGAUACGAACGUGCCUACCAUUAUGAUCGCGGAGAAAGCUAGUGAUAAGAUUAAGAAGGAAUGGUUGUCUAGUCGUGAUCGAUCUAAAUGA